AACAACAAAAUAAUAAAGGGGUGACCACUAACGUGAGACUAGCUCAUUUCUUUUUACGCACCACGCGUGGGAAUGUCACAAUACAUAGCGAUUUGUUUUUAAUUUGACUGGAAUGUUUUUUUUAUUAUUAUAACUUCUAGCGGCGGAACGCUUUAUUUUGUUCCACACGGAAACUGGUAGCGUUGGGGACGGAAACCGAAUCUGUAAACAAACGUAACGCUGGUUAGCGACAGUCGUGGUGGACUUCAACACAUGUGCAGGACGACUGAGGACUAGCUGAAGUCAAAGAUGUUUAAAAACACAUUCCAGAGCGGCUUCUUGUCUAUUUUAUACAGCAUCGGCAGCAAGCCGCUGCAGAUAUGGGAGAAGAAGGUGAGAAACGGUCACAUCAAGAGAAUCACAGAUAAUGACAUCCACUCAUUGGUGUUGGAGGUUGAGGGGACAAAUGUCAGUACCACCUACAUAACAUGUCCUGCAGACCCCAAGAAGACAUUGGGCAUCAAACUUCCAUUUCUUGUUAUGAUCAUCAAAAACCUCAAGAAGUAUUUCACCUUUGAAGUCCAGGUGUUGGAUGAUAAGAACGUACGCCGGCGGUUUCGGGCGAGUAACUAUCAAAGCACGACACGAGUGAAGCCGUUUAUCUGCACCAUGCCUAUGAGGCUGGAUGACGGCUGGAACCAGAUUCAGUUCAACCUGUCAGACUUCACCAGGAGGGCCUAUGGAACCAAUUACAUCGAGACGCUGCGUGUACAGAUCCAUGCAAACUGUCGAAUAAGGAGAGUGUAUUUCUCAGACAGACUGUACUCUGAGGAUGAGCUCCCAGCAGAGUUUAAACUCUACUUGCCGGUCCAGAACCAAAAAGCCAAGCAAUAGAGAUUCUCAGACUGCACUGUUUCCCCUGGACCUGAUGUGGAGUUUAGCUAUAUCAGCUCUCAGCAUUGAGAUGCACGAGUUGUCAAUCUAGCAGUCAAGACAAUGUUGCUACACCUGCUACUUUAAAAAUAAUCUUCCAAUUUCUCACGCUUAUUAAAAAAUAAAAAUCGAACAAAGGUCUUGCACUCCACAUGGCUCACAGUCUAUAAAAUUCAUAUGGUGUUUAAACUGGGUCACGUUUGAUGAUCAAAGUGGGUCAGACUGAUAGAUAUUAAAGCUGCCAUUUGUGUGCUGAAAUACCAAUAAGGUGAUAAGAUUUAUGCAUGACUUACAUAAGGCUGUCCUCCAACAUGACAACAUAAACAAUACUGCUUUGAAAAUCAUAUGAACAAAAAUUUAAAGACACCAUUGAUAUAGAUGAAUUGUGAUCUUAGAAUGAGGUUAAGGAAAUGUAUUUCCUUUAUUAGUAUUUGGCCUCUGUGUCUUCUAUUGGUACAAAUAUUUUAUAUAUAUUUUGACUUUAAGCAUAUUUUCCCAGCAGGCACUUUCAAUAAGGAAUGUCAACACAGUCUGUUUGAUAACUGGUGUUACAGAUUAACAACAGUGUUUUCCCUGAAAUGUGAUCAAAAGGGAAAGAAAAGAGAGAAGGGCUCUGAUUUAACAUGUUCAGUCAACUGUCAUGAUGUAUUUGGAAAGCAGGUUAAAACAUAAAGUAAAAUAACAGAACAUAUAUGGCAUUAUCCAUAUUGGCAACGGUGUCAGGCUCUAACUUUCCAAUCAGGUCAAGCCAAGAAGCAGACUUUAAAUUCUGAAGUCUUGUUACCACUGCAGCUGCUCAAACAAGCUGAGUAAACCUUAUGACAAAACAAAAUGUCAACAAGCAAAUCACAAAACAUAAAAAUGAUCUGAACAUAACAUGUUUUCCUUACAUGAUUGAUAUAACUUAAAGAAUACAUUCAUAGAAAUCUAUUGCUUAAGUCAACAGCAUGCUUCUUUUUAAAGUGCAAAAUACAGUCAUUGGUUCAAAUUGGCAAAUCAGUUACUGCAUUAAAUCAUACAUUUCAAAUAAAAUGCAUAAAUUAUAACUUCAAGAUGGCACAACAUAAGUUGAGACAAACCAACACAUAAUUAUACAAAAUAUAAAAUAAUGCAACACAAAAAAAAGACAAUAAAGCCAAGGCCAGCAACACACCUUUAGCAUGUACUGUUACACUAAGAGCUUGCAUUGAUGUUGUUAGUAGUUGAGUAGCAGUAGAAGAGAGGCUGACUGCAGACUGUACAAAUAAGGUCAGGAAAACUCAAAAGACAAAUUGACUGUUUGUCCUUCAUGUGAUUUCUUCAUAGCUUCAUAGCAUCUUCUCUUUGUUGUUACAUUUCUUACUGUUGACCAUUUCUUUUAUUAGAAAUAUCUGUAAUACUCCAUAGCAUCAAAAAGAGAAGGAUAUAAUCUUUAUAUACAGAAAACAUGUACAAAAAAGUGUUGCUGUGGUUAAGGUGAACACCUGGAGACAUCCUAAUUUGGCAAUUUUUUUAGCCUCAGUUUGUGGAAACAAGCUGUUUAUUUGGCUUCAUAGUUUCUCUGUUGCCUUCGGAUACGAGUAAAAAGUGACUUCUCAACCACUGAUAUAGAAACAACAUUUUCAUAUUAGCUCUAUGGAGGCAGGAUCCCGUCCUGGCUUGUGCUCGCUCGGCAGUGGUUCACAUUUGUUGCACGGAGAGGUGUGCGCACUUUACAAAACACGAGGAGUACCUGGUUACAAAUAUAGUCUCCACUUUUUAAUUAUUUUUUUUUAAAGUGCUGAGUUGUAGAAAGUGUUCACUUUAGUGCACCUAACUGUUCUCUAGGAAACCUCAGCUCCACACGUUAAGUUUUUUAGCAAAAUUGAGAUGCUCAAGCUCAAUCUAACAUGGAGGGACGAGUUCCAAUAACAGAGAUCCAAGUGUGUAUUGACUGUGGACCCUGAAGAACACAAAGGUAUGUUUGUCCUACUAAAGUGGAACACCUCUUUAUACCCAACACUU